GUUUAUAUGUAAGUACCUUUAGUUUAGCGAAGAAGCACAUGGCGGCGGUAAGGCUUUGUUUGGUUACUCAAUAUAACAUUAUUUUUUUCCGCUUGAUUUUCGUCAUUUAAUUGUGGCAUCGGAAGAGUGUUUACGGCAUUUUUUUCUGACAGAGAGGUUUUUUAACUUGUGAAGACAAAGGGGUCAUUCGGUCCUACAUGCACUUUUUCGAGCUGUUUGGACUGAACUGUGUGUUAGGAGAGUGUGUACGCAACAUUGAUAAAGAGCCGCCCAGUGAUUUUCUUUUCAUUUAUUAAAACAAGGUUCCUCUUCUAAAAUCUGGCCACUCUCAAAUGCCUGUUGAUGUGACGCCACACCGACAGAGGCCGCUCCUAUUAGUUGAUUGACACCGGUGUUUUAGCAAAGACCCGCUCCCGAGUGAGAAGAAGCUGUCGGCCAUUGUUGUUUCGCCGCUGGAGGAAAAUGCCGCCUAAGCGAUUGUGGUGUACAGUUGUUGGGUGUAAUGGCGAACACAGCAGUCGCCAUGUACUACCGACAUCUGAGCCGCUGAGGACGCAGUGGCUGAAUUUUAUUUUUAAAGCGGACGUUCCCGCCGAUUUACCUAAAACCGUUAAUGUUUGCGCUAAUCAUUUUUCGCUAGACUGCUUUAUAAACGCGGGUCAAUAUAAAGCAGGUUUCGCUACGAAGCUGCUCCUGAAAAAUGGAGCUGUACCAACGCUUCGUGUUCCUGCUUCAUCUUCAUCAGGCUCGCAGAUCAAUAACACACACGCCCCCACCGGAGGAGAAGACGCCGUAAAAAAAGAAGAAGAAGAAACCACUAUCAAGAGCGAAGCUCCAGACCCCCAGGCGGUUAGCGACGUCCCGGCACUGAAACCGUGGGAGGAGGCCGUCCCCUGUCUACCGACCAGAACCAUGGCGUGCCAGACCCACCCGCCAGUUCGGCACACACGCGGCACACAGCUGUCACUCAGGACUCUCGGGCCUCACUUCAAAAGUGCAGCCGUCCAGGCCACUCUGUGUUUUCACAAUCUCAGUAAUGACGAAUCCACAAACGCUCUCGAGCUCUCCCUUUUUCCACCAACCACCGCAAAGAGUUUGACCAAGAGAGCGACCAAGAGAGCCAGGACAAAGGCCAUUAAGAACGUAAGGAAGACUCCUGAGGGAUCCAACAUCUUACAGAGUCGUGAGGUGUUGGUGAGCACACAGUGUUUGCUGGAGCUCUUCCAGUUCUGUUGGCCUUGCCAAGUAAAGUGCGAUUUCACUAUCGAGGGCAACGAGAAGCUGUUUUCAGUCAAGCAGUACUGCCCGAGCUGUGACCACCACCGAGACUGGAGUAGUCAACCGCGCUCGGGGGAACCUGCAGGGAACGAAAAUCAUGAAACCCAACAUGAACUGAUGAGCGAAGAGGGUGAGAUCGUGGUGCAGAUUGCGUCGUCAGAUAAUGAGGGGAGCGAUCAUAUGUUCAACGAGGACGGCUUGUAUUUGUCCAGCAACGAUGAGGAGGCAAGCUCAGAGGAAGAGAAAGUGAGAAAGAAAAGAAAGAGGAAGUCUAAAGGCGGGGACAGUUCAGAUGACUGGGAGCCGCAUUUAGAGGAACAGAUCACGGACUCUGACGAGUUGACGGAUGAGGACCAGGAGGAGGACGGUCAGCGCAAGCUCGUGGUGUGGUGUACGGAGUGUGAGGGUGAGGCCACGCGCUCCUGUUCCGCCCAUCGGCACAAGAAAACAUUCUGUUGCGCUCGGUGCGGCUCAGGUGACGCUGUCCAGACACACACUUUAGAAACACUACCCGUCCGGUUCGACAACUUCGACACUUUUCAAAUCCACGCCGAACAGGAGCACGGGACCAAGUCGUUCUAUCAAUUGUGUCCGGACUGUGGGAAGCUUCACACGGCUAAGAAGGAGCAUGUGUGCGAACACAAAACCAAAUUCAUCGUCUGUCCGGAGUGCGGGAAGCGUUUCCUCUCCGAGGGCGGGUUAAAGAUCCACUACGGUCAGCUCCACUCGGAUUUCGAUCACCCGUGUAAAUACUGUCUGAAGGUCUUCAAAACCAGGCCCGCCAAACUGGAGCACGAGCAGACCCACCAUAAAGACAAUGAGCCCUAUAGCUGUCCGGACUGUCCGCUGAAUUUCGACAACAUUCACGAACGAAACAAGCACGUCCGGUCCCACCGCGGUCCCCGUAAAUACGAGUGUGACGUGUGCAAGAAAGGUUUUAAGGGGCUAAACCAGCUGAACAGGCACAAACUCAUUCACUCUGGAGAAAAGCCUUUCAGAUGCCAAGUGUGCGAGCGUUCUUUUAACCAGAUGGAGAACCUCACGUCGCACAUGCGUGUCCACACCGGGGAGAAACCUUUCAUGUGUGAACUGUGCGGAGAGUCAUUCAGUCACAAUGUCAGCCUAAAGAACCACAAGCAGCGACACCACGAGGCGGGUCUGACUCACGAGGAGGACGACGACGAGGAGGAGGAAGAGGAAACCAUGAAUGAUUUAGAGUAAAGGACUAAUGACACUGGAGGAGUGCUGCAUUAAUACCUUGUUAGUCUAUUAGGAUGAUUUGGUUACUGUAUUUAAUAUUCAGAUGCAGAUGUGUACUGCAGAUGAAUAUUAAUUUUUUUAUACACAGGUCUGAGGGCCAUGCUCUACUUUAUAAAGCCUGCCUUGCUAAAACUGCCAGUAUGUCUUCUGAUGUUAUUUGUUUUAUACAGACGUCUCUCUCUCUCUCUCUCUCUCUCUCUCUC